AUGGCAAUCCAAAACUCAAUUCCUCUUCCCCUCAAGGCCAUAACAUGCCUCUUCCUUCUAGCUCUUACAAUAACACACACCACCUCAGCCAGAGUCCUUGAUGAAGAAACCGACACAACUCAAACCCAAAUACCUGUUUCCACCGUACCUCCUCCUGUCGUCGGUGCCACAACAGCCGGCCCGACCGCUACGGUGGCCAACGGGGAGUCCUACCAUCCGCUUACAUUCUUUCUGCAUGAUAUAAUCGGUGGGACUAACCCUUCAGCCAGAGCCGUGACUGGCAUUGUGACCAACCCUGCUGUCAAUGGCCAAGUCCCCUUUGCUAAACCUAAUGGAGCAGUCAUCGGCGGGAACAAUGGCAUUCCCCAAAACAACAACAACAAUGGAAUCAUCAACAAUAACAACGUCCCCUUCUUCACCGGCCUCGGAGGAAACAUCAACAACAACCUCAGACAAAGAAACAACAACAACAACUUCAUCGGCGGGAACAAUGGGUUCCCCGUCGUGAACGGCGCCCAACUCCCACCAGGACAGUCCCUUCAGAAGCUCAUGUUCGGCACACUCACGGUCUUUGACGAUGAGCUCACUGAAGGCCACGAGCUUGGCUCUGGCUUGUUGGGCAAGGCACAAGGAUUUUACGUCGCUAGUUCUGAAGAUGGGAGCAGCCAGACCAUUGCUUUCACUGCAAUGUUUGAGAGUGGUGGGUAUGCUGAUAGCCUCACAUUCUUUGGGGUUCACACAAUGGCUUCGUCUGAGUCUCAUCUUGCAGUUAUGGGAGGGACCGGAAAGUACUUGAACGCAAAAGGGUAUGCUUUGGUUAAGACCAUCAAUGGAGUGAAUGAGCAAAAUACUGAUGGAGUUGACACCGUUCUUGAAUUUACUGUGUAUCUUAGUUACUAGCUUGUGUGUGCCUUAAGGUUUUAUAAGAUGCUGUAAUGUGCUUGCUAUUUCAUCUCUUUGCUGGAUCAGUGUGAAACAUCCUUGUGACUUAAAUUGCAGAAGUUGAUUGUAUACAUGU